AUGAUGAUGAUGUUGUUACAUGACACCGAGACAUGGACUCUGAAGGCUGAUAUGAUCAAUCGCCUAGAGACGUUUGAGAUGUGGUUGUAUAGAAGAAUGCUGAGUAUACCUUGGACAGCAAUGCAGAUCAACGAAGCUGUGUUACAUAGAGCAAAUGUAGUUCACACAGCCUACAUAUUAGAAGUUAGGGACAUCAUUGUUUCACCACCAGCCACAGAGAGGUAUGAAAAAUUAAAAUCAGAAUUAAUUAAGAGACUUAGUGCAUCACAGCAACAAAAGAUUAAAAGACUACUCGAGCAUGAAGAACUGGGCGAUCGAAGACCUUCGCAGUUCUUACGACAUUUACAGUCUUUAGCAGGCACAACGGUACCAGAAAAUAUUGUAAGGUCUCUGUGGUUAGGUAGACUGCCAGCGUCUACACAGGCUAUUUUAGCUACUCAAGCUAAAGCUAGUUUGGACGCAGUUGCCGAGCUAGCUGACACAAUAUCUGAAGCGAUAGCUCCUAGGGCCCACAUUUCAGAAGUUUCUAACGCUCUUGAAAGUACCAUAGAGAAAUUGACAGCCGAAUUAGCUGAAAUGAAAAUCCAGCUAUCCAGCUUGUCAAAUGCUCAAGCACAAGCUAACACAUACCGUCGAAACCGCAGCAACUCAAGAGGCAGACCUUAUCCUAGAGACAGGAGCUACAGCAGGGAACGUAAUAGUGAUAUUUGUUGGUACCACUACCGUUUUGGUGACCAGGCUCAAAAGUGCUCUCCUCCGUGCAAGCACCAGGGAAACGUCGCGGGCAGUCGGUAG